UUUCCGAGAAACAGAUUAAAGUUUGUUGAUCAUUUGGGAGAAGGAAAGUUUGGUAGAGUUUACAAGGCUGAGGCAUUAAGUAUCUGUAAAAGUGGUAAAUGGGAAACAGUUGCUGUAAAAAUGUGGAAAGAUACUGCAACUGAUGGGGAAAAGGAAGAUUUUUACCACGAGUUAAUGAUCGUCAAGAAAAUAACCCAUCAUCCAAAUGUUGUUUCAUUCUUGGGAACCUCAAAAGCUCAAGGUUCUGAUUCGGUGUUGAUGAUUAUGGAGUAUGUACCAGCAGGUGAUUUGUUAAAAUUCUUAAGAAAUAAAAGAACAUAUUAUAAUCAAAUAGAACUAGUCAAUAAAACAAGUGAUGAACGUGUGGAACCAGCGCAGUCGAACGGAAGCAUAAAUGGAGGCUUAAGUGGCGAGAACAGCUUCACAACUUCUCGACAAACCGAAUUUUCAACUUUUCAGCCCGAUUUAACACCAAAAGAUUUACUUUGUUUUAGUCAUCAGAUUGCAAAAGGUCUUAAUCAUAUUGCAUCGUUAAAGAUAGUACAUAGAGAUGUUGCAGCACGAAAUGUACUGGUUGGCGAAAAUAAUAUCUGUAAAAUUUCCGAUUUUGGAUUGGCACGAGAUAUUGAAGGCUCUGAUGAAUAUGAAAGAACCACAAAGGGACCCUUGCCAAUACGAUGGAUGUCAAUAGAAUCAUUAAGAGAUAAUGUUCAUUCUACCAAAUCAGAUGUAUGGUCUUAUGGUGUUUGUUUGUGGGAAAUAGCAACAUUCGGUGCAAGUCCUUAUCCUGGUAAAUCAGCCAAAAUGGCAAUGGAAAGUAUAUUAUCUGGGGAGAAUUUGUCAUGUCCAAGUCAUUGUAAACACGAGUUCUAUGCCAUUAUGGAAAGUUGUUGGACUACGGAUCCUAUAAAUCGACCAAAUUUUGAAGAUUUAGUUCAUAAAUUAGAAGAAAUGUUGGAGGCUGAAGGGGAAUAUAUGAUGCUUGAUUGUUUUGAUGAAGGGAUUUAUUGUGUUAUAGACGAGACUCCUUCAGAUGAAAGGGCUUGA